GCGACAUCACUCUGCAACAUAUACAGUUCUCCACGCAAUCAUCACGAAGACACGAGCACUAUCAGUCAGUUAUUGCUAGUGGUACUCGUCAGUGACUCCCUCGCCAUGGCCAUGAUCUCGAGUAUUAUGCUCUAAGCGAGCCGUCUUUCUAUGACACCAGGGCUCCUUAUUCGACACACUUGUUUCGCAUAUCCAUCGACUCACAUAUCCCCGUCCUUCUCGACGAUCCGACUUACAACAUGGACGACCCCGACCUGUCGUGGCCGGCCUGGAAGUUUGGCUUCAAGAGGGACGAUUUAUUCACGACAUUACACGACCAAUAUAACACCAUUACCUACACCCUCCAAGACCCCGAGGCCUUUCACCACGACGUCUACGAAAUCUCCCAGCAUGCGGACACGACCGAAGAGUUCCAUCGCUUCAUGGCGGCUCGGCAGCGGCAGCGGAUCACCGAACUCGAGGAGUCUCUUGAAUCGCUCGCUGUAGAGAUCAUUGCCAACCCGAAGUUGAUAGGUUCUGACCAGUGGCAGCACGCCCUCCAGCUCUUUCGGACCAAGUCCUACGAUUCUAUUGUCAGAUAUUUUGCAAGCUACCUCCCCGACGAUUACCUCGACCGCCAUGGACCCGGUUCUGUGGCGUCUACGUCAUCGUCGUUCUCCGAGACCGAUUCCAUUCACACCAUUAGCACCAAGGCCAGCAGCGCCGCCGAUGCACCCUACUUUGUCGACGACGACGAUUUCUUUCCUCACGGCUCCCUUAUGGCGGAGCCUUGCGCAAUGAAUGCGCCAGAUAUGCCUCUUUCACCCGAAUCCGAGGGUUCUCCAGCGGAAUCUGCUGAUUCACCAACAUUCACUUCAACCAACCCACCCUCGCGAUCCAUGUCUUUUUCCGGCUCGGACUCUGGCCGACUAAGUGCUCGCUUCAUCAGACGGUCUUUGAUUCGCGACGAUGACGACACAUCUCAAUCCGACGACUGCGAUACCACAGUCACAUCUGUCUGUGAUUCUGCAGAGACUCGAUCUUCUUUCGACCCCACGGAUGUCGCUGACGACAAGGAAGAACUACCUGUACACAUUGUAGCAGACGGUGAUGAGGACGACGAUGAGUUUCCUACCGCCCAGUUUCCCGAAGACGAUUUCUGCACUUUAGACUCAUUCGAUACCCCAUCCUCUUUCAACAAUACCAACUAUGAUACCCUUGAAUCCGACACCCCGACCCCCAGGCAAGUCCCUAAAUCAUCAAGUUAUCUCGACUACAAAACCUCUACACCACGACAAUUAUCCCCAUCACAUCAACGCCCAUCAUAUCGCCGGUCCCCAUCACCAAGAUCAUUACUUGGUCGGCGACGAGAGGGGAGCCCUUCCCACGAUGUUCGGAGGAGUCCGGAGGAGGCGCUUUGCAAAAUACAAAAGCAACCGCUGGGAGAAUCUAUUAGGAGGAGACCCAAGAGCAGUAGGAGGUGGGGGGCUUGACUCGAGGAGGCAAGCGAGCGGCGCCGUGCGCUGUACUUGUAUAUAUACCAUGAUGUUGAUUGUACAUAUCUGUCGUAUGACACUAAUGAUUUCAAAACGAAAAAAGUCACAGUCUCUCGCCCGUAUGCGGUGAUGUCAUCAACCAUGACCCCUGUGGUGCGCUACUGCUAUUAAUAUCAGUGUUAGCAUCGUCUGGUAAGUUUCUAUGAUGGCUUUAAUAUUCGUUUGUUUCAAAUUUCUUUGCUUUU